AUGGGCACGUACAAAUACGCGAUAGAAUGGAUAGGCGACGGGUUGCUACUGGGCUCUGGCGCUAGAUGGCUUAGAAAUAGAAAACUUUUAACGCCAGUCUUUCAUUUUAACAACUUGCACAAAUAUUUGAAAGUUAAAAAUCAAUGCGUUGAUGUUUUCCUGGAGAAGUUAUCAAGGUAUGCAGAAGGAGGAGAAAGCAUUGAAAUAAUGAGCCAUCUAUCAAGUUUGACUGUUGACAUCAUACUCAGGUGUGCCUUCUCUUGCGAGAACAACAUCCAGGAAGUUGGCGAAAACCAUCCUUACAUGAAAGCUUGCCAUGAGUUAGAUACUCUGCUGGUGCAAAGAUCGUUGUACCCGUGGCAGCAUUUUGAUUUCAUAUACAAAUUUUCAUCUGAUUACAGAGAGUUUAAAAAAAGCUGCAAAUACGUUCACGAGAUUUCAGGCGAACUAAUCAAAAAACGAAAAGUACGUCUCAAUGAACUUGAACGCUCGGGUGAAAACUCCCCUAAGAAAAAUGAUUUUUUGAACGUUCUAUUGACGGCUCGUGAUGAAGAUGGAAACGGUUUGACUGAUCAUGAGAUCAGAGCUGAAGUUAACACACUGCUCUUUGCUGGCCACGACACGACAUCAUCAUCGGUUUCCUGGGUCUUGUACACUCUGGCCUUAUAUCCACAAUUUCAAAAGCAGUGCCAAGAGGAGAUAGAUGAGAUGUUCUUGGACAAAAAUUCCAAUGACGUUUUUCACGAAGACCUUAAGAGACUUCAAUACCUAACUUGCUGCAUCAAGGAAUCCCUACGCUACCACACCACGGUGCCCUUAAUUGAGAGGGAACUGACGAAGCCCCUGGUCAUCGAUGGGAAGGAGUGUCCAAUCGGGAUGACCGUUUGCCCCAUGAUCUACAGCCUGCACCAUAAUAAAACUGUCUGGCCUGACCACGCGAAGUUUGAUCCGGAAAGAUUCCUUCCAGAAAAUUUUAAAAAAGUUGAACCUUUCGCUUUCGUUCCAUUUUCAGCUGGUCCCAGAAACUGCAUUGGGCAGCAUUUUGCUAUGAAUGAGAUGAAGAUAAUCCUAUGCAAAGUUUUGCACAAAUUUUCAGUUAGUUUGGACCCGGAGCGCGUUGUGAAGAAAAAAAUGUCACUGACCAUAAAAACGGAGAAUGGCCUCUACUUGAAAAUUACUAAAAGAUGA